CCCCCAUCGAUUUUACCUACCCUCGUCUUCCUACGCCGUAUUCGCCGCCUGCCGUUCUCCACUUUCCUCUUCACUUUUCAUUUCCCUUUCACUCACACUCCGAGAUCCAUCUCUUUUGAGAUGGCGUCGGUGUCUCGGCUCCGUUAUCCCGUCGUCUGUUCAAGUAGACAUAUCCCUAACACUGAUGUUUCUGACAAUCGACAAAUCUCUUCUCUACCUUACAAACUCCCCAAUAUUUCUGUCCCAUUUCCUCGAGAUCACCCUCUCCGCUUCUUUUCCGAUAACAAAAUUCCCACUCCCAUACUGAAGCCGCCGGCAUCUACCGGUGGCGGCGGUGACAGUGGAGCCGGAAUCGGGAAAGGUGGCGGAGGAGGCGGUGGCGGAAAUAGUGGAGAUGGGAAUAGUGAGAGUGGGGGAGAUUUUGGUCUUUUGGGCAUUUUAUCAAACGGAUGGAGAUCAAGAGUUGCAGCUGACCCGCAAUUCCUGUUUAAGGUUUUGAUGGAACAGUUGGUUGGUGUUACAGCUUGUGUGAUUGGUGACAUGGCGUCCCGUCCAAAUUUUGGUCUCAAUGAGUUAGAUUUUGUAUUUUCAACUCUUGUUGUUGGGUCCAUUAUGAAUUUUACUCUUAUGUAUAUGCUGGCUCCUACAAUAUCUUCGACGGCUCAGACUUUGCCUGGGAUCUUUGCAAGUUGCCCAACUAGUCACAUGUUUGAGCCUGGUGCUUAUGGGUUGAUCAACAGAUUGGGGACAUUUGUGUUUAAAGGGGUUGUGUUUGCUUCUGUUGGUUUUGCCGCUGGGCUUGUGGGCACUGCUAUUUCAAAUGGGUUGAUCAAAUUGAGGAAGAAGAUGGAUCCCACUUUUGAAACGCCAAACAAGCCUCCACCCACUGUUUUGAAUGCUCUUACAUGGGCAACUCACAUGGGUCUGAGCAGUAAUUUCAGGUACCAGACAUUGAACGGGAUAGAGUUUUUGUUGGCCAAGACUGUUCCUGACGUUGUUUUCAAGACCUCAGUGGUGUUUCUGAGAUGCUUGAAUAAUGUUAUUGGAGGGAUGUCGUUUGUUAUAUUGGCCAGAAUGACUGGUUCACAGAGUGUCAAUAAUGAAGAGAAGACAGUGGCAGUGGUGGUGGAGGAGGAGAAGCAAAAGUUGGUGGGUGACAGUGAAAAAGACUUGCGGAGCAACCAGUCGACUUGAUAGUGAUGAGCUAAUGUUAUGUGUUUUUUUCAGUCAUUUCUUGGCUGUUUAUAACUUGGAUACAUUAUAUAUAUAGAGUUGCAAUAAAAUCCGAGAUGACAGUCUAGAUGUUUAGUUUAUUGUUACAAUUGUUCUAGCUUGUUUUUAAGGUUUAACACCAACUGAAAGCAACCUAGAUGUUAUGGUUGAUUUUCUUUCUUGGUUUAUUUAUGUUAGCUGAUGAUUUAAACAUAUUUUGAUGAU